UUCCAAAGCAGAUCAUAAGGAACCUUUGCCUUAUCACUAUUGGCACCAUGGUGUAAAACUAAAACAUUAGCUUAUGAAGACUGUGGGAGUUAACUCCUGUGAAGAAGUGACAUUGCCUUUAGAAUAAAAUCAUAAAGUGAGCAAGAUGGUCAUAUUCUCAAUAAGUAAUGGCAGAUAUACUUAUGUGCAUGAUCAGAAAUAUCCCUCUGAAGAUGUUGACAUACACCAUAUAGUUUCGAGGAGUGGUAGUGCUAAAUAUGUUUUUGUGUACGCUACAGCACUUCUUGUAUUAGCUUGUGCCUUGUAUCUGUGUGUUCUUAAGGAAACAUCAAUUAGUCUUGUGUAUUACAGCUUGCUUUUUGACAUAUUUCUUGUUAAGUUGUUACUUGGGAAGCCUGUUAAGAAAGAGUCUGUUGUGAUUAUGCCGGCUUUUGGAGUACAGCUUGAGACUCAUUAUGUGAGUGGAAAAAUCAUCCGAUGCUUUGUUCCCAUUGACAAGAUUCUUAAACCUGUUCUAAUAGAAUGUGUGACUCCGGUGACUUGUUAUUGGACUCUGUCAUUGAUUAUUCGUGGGGAAUCAGAAAUGGUGUUAGUUUUCAAGAACUUACGCCCACCCAUGAAAAUGCUGGUCCAUGUCUGGAAGGCCCUGUGUGCUGCGACUGGUAGUAAAGAAGAGACUUUUACACAUGCAGAAUGAACAAUUGACAAUUAUGGUUCAUGUGAUGUUUUGAGCUCCACGAUUUAAUCUCUCAAGUUGAUAGUUUGGGACGCGCGUUAACUAUCAGCGCUUCAAGGCAUCAAAUUUAGAGGCCAAUUGACUCUACUUUCUGAACUGCAAACUAGGUAGCUAAUAGCUAUGUAAAACUAGGGGAGGAAAUUGUAUCAUGACAUAGGACUACUAGGAGUAGGAAAUUUUUUGUAUCAUGACGUAGAGCACAGGUUCAAACAUGAUAGUGGCCAUAGCCUAAGUUGUUGAAGUAUCUAUCAUGCUGGAUUUCACAGAUGUGAUUCAUAAAUUAUUUGAAUUGAUUUUUACACAGUACAAAGUGAAAAUUAAAUGA